GUCUGGAUCCUUCUUUUUUUAACACGUUUCUCUCCCCACCUCUCCCUCUCUACCUCUUUCUUGUUCUCUUGGUCACCCUUUAUAAAUAGAGGGGCUUGCCCCCCGGGGGCACAAAUUUUUUUUCCCUUUUUUGGGAUUAAAAUCCGCGAGGUGGGGUGGCCUUCCUUCUGGGCAAAACCCAUGUACGAGAACUGCGGCAAAGAUUUUUUGAGGAUCUGAGGAGAGAAGAAACAAACACGAGCAAAAAGCUCACUUACAGAGAAAACCCACUUUGUGUAUAUUUUGGAUUGGGGGCAAGAGAGGUAGAAAGAAAGAGGAAAGAAGAGGAGAGACACUUUGAGAUUUUCCUUUAUUUCUUCUUUUUUUCUUGAUCUUCUCUGUGUAUUUGACAAUGCCUAUGUAUUUUAAAACCAGUAAAGAAUAAAUAUUUUAAUGGUACUUCUUGGAAAUCUUUGGAAUUGUUUUCUAAAUGGUUUCUUGAUGAGAAGAAAGAGAGAAAAAAAAAAAGAGAGAAUAAUAUUGAUUUCAAUCUUGUAAUAAUUUUUUCGACUUAAGAAUGUUUUCUUGUUAUUUAAUGAAUUUUUAAGUGGUCCCUUUUCUUUUCACUUUUAAAUGAAUGGGAAUUGCAUUUUGAUGGUUUUCUUGACUGAUCUUGUUAGGUUUUGAUCUGUUGGAUUGAGUACGAACUGCCCAUGUUGAACAAAUAGGGUUAUGAUCAGAGUAAUGGUUAGAGAUCGGAUUACUGGGUUAAAGGAGUUUCCUGUAGUAGUUUAGAUUGUGGUAUGCUCCAACAUUGUUCGGUUAAAAGAUUGGAUUUUUGUCUUUUUGAGACUAGCUAGUGCGUGUUCUGUAGCUCUAGUUUGGAGUUUUGGCCCUGUGAACCGUCUAAAGAGUUGAGGGAAACUCCUCUGUUGUUUGAAUAUCAGUUCGGAUUAGGAUAGGGGGUGGAGAGAACUAACUGGUUUUUGCAUUUUGAGGUUGUGGUGUUUACUGCUGCCUCUGUUGUUUGCAUUAUUGAUAUUUCUCUUGGUUCAGGAAAAAGGCCCUGAUUUUGGUUUUGGAUGAUGGGCAGGUGUAGUUCUCUAGUAGAAUUGUCUGUGGAUCAGAUUGCUGUGGACCUGUUGAUUCUUCAACGUGUGAUUCAGUAGAGGUGAGGAUCCGGUUGCUGGGAUUCUGGAAAUUUUGUUUGGGGAUCUUUCAAGAAGACCAUGGAUUAAUGCCCAAUCUGGAAAUGAUAGCAAGGAUAUGGUACAUGGGCAAGAAGUUUAUCUGUGGUCUGUUCCCAUUCUGGAACAGCACAAGCAGAAACUAAGGGAAGCUCUACCACUGGUGGAAAGUUCCCAUUCUGCUGUUUCCUUAAUCACGUGCAAUGUCUCGCUGCUUUCCAUUUCCACCUCCCGGAUAUGAAAAGAAGACUAGGCCUGAUGAAGAUGCAAACUUGUUACUAAAGGAGAAACCCAGAGAGAAGAAGCAUAAGAAGGACAAGAAGGACAAAGAAAAGAAAGAGAGAAGAGAAAAGGACAAAGAAAAAAGCAGUGAAAAACACAGAGAAAAGAAAGACAAAAAACACAGGCACAAAGACAAGAAGGAGAAAAGUAGCAAUAAAGAAGAGAAGAAAACCUCCGACGAGAAGACAAUUGUAGCCUUCUCAGACCAUCAAAACAGUCAGAAGUUUGGUCUAACAGGCUUAGAGGUUGGUGAGACUCAGAACUCUAGACUUUUUGUUGAUUUGGGAAACAAAGUUAGGAAGGACGAUGGAGCAAAAGAAUUGCAGAUUUUGGAAAGAAUCACUAAUAGAGAUCUCACACCACCAGGGAAAGUGUUGGAGCACAAGAUUGGUGUCUUGGAUGAUGGGAAUCAAAAAUUCAGGGACAAGAGAGAGAAAAAUAGGAUACCUAAUGGGCAAACUGUCAAAAUUAAUGGCAUUGGAUUUGCAAAUGGUUUUGUUCAUAAUUUUCCUCCCAAAAUUCAAAAAAAUAUUGAAGGAAGUUCUUACCGAGAAGAUAAGGUUACAGAGAAGCAAAAGGAGCGAAAGGAUUCGAAAAAACACAAGGGUGCUGAUGGUAGGGGAGACAAAGAAAAGGGCCGAGAUAGAGAAAAGAAAAGCAAAUCAAAGGAUAAAAAUAGGAAAAGGGAGAAGGAAAAGGCAAAGGAGUUUUCUAGCCUAAUGCCUAGUAAAUUAGGAGAACAUGACAAUAAUGCUAUAGAUUUUAAAAAUGAUGAAGGUUCUUAUCUGUUCAAGGAGACCAAUGUACAGAACGGGAUACUUGGAAAAAGAAAGGAGCCUGAAAUGGAUGGAUGUGUGAAUGGCCAUGAGAUUCAGAAUAACAAAUUGCCAAGACUUGUAUCUUCCUCUUGUCAAGUCGUUCAAACUGGAAACACAAUUGAAUCUUCUAGUAAGGGCAACCAGUUGAAUCUGGAGAAGGAAAGUACAUUGCAGAAACAUAAGCCAAAUGCCAAGUUCUUGUCCUCUGUUUCGCCUGUUGAAAACGGCAGGAAGUUGGAAAUGACACAGAUUCCCAUUAAUAUAGCUUCUGAAAGGCAGGAGGCAGUCAGCAAACAUGGUAAGGCCAGUGACAGCCUUUCAUCCUUGAAGCCCCCGUCGGGAACUGGAAGAAAUUCGGAAUCAUGUCAAUUUGUUGGGAGCUUUACAGAAUUGGAGCAGGGGGUGGUUAGUAACAAUACUAAGGAUUUUACAAAGGUUUUAUCAAUGCAGCCAGUUGCUGAAAAUGGGAGGAAGUUAGGAUCCAGCCAGUUCAACAACCUAAAUGCAGCAGAAAGACAGGCAGGAGCCUGUAUCCCUAAACUGAGUGAGAAGGGAUCGCGGAGUAAUGGCUUUGUGGUGCCUAAAUUGGAUGAGAGAGCAUCAAAAAUUAAUGGAUCAGUGGAGCUCAAGAAACCUAAAGCAUGUUCUAUGGAAAUGUCUUCUGCUUGUCUAGAAGACAAGGAAAUUGUUGAAAAGUACCUGAAGCCUCCACAUCCUGAUGCCAAAUAUCUGAGCCAGGUACUCUCUCUCCCUAAAGUAGAAUGGUCUGAUGUUGAUGAUCAGAAGUGGUUGUUCAGUAGGGAGGAUCACCAGGCAAAGAAUCCUAAAUAUGUUUCCCCAGUGAUUGAGGAAUCAGAGCAGGUAUGGGCAGAGGCUUUGCGGAUAGAAUCUGCAGAUGUUAUUGCGCUUCCUUAUGUCAUUCCUUACUAGUUAGUAUAAAUUUGAGUUGGCUUCCCCUGAUGCAGCACCAAGUGGCAUACUUUUGUUUGGCACCUCUAUCUGCUGAAUGCUCCCUUGUGCUGCAACCGUUUCCAAAAUGAAUCCGGAGGCACAGGCCAGAGUGGAUUGGUUUGUUGUUUUCCUGAUAAUCUAUAGUGAGGAAUUUUUGGAGUUCGAGGGUCGAAGGGCUAGAGAGAGAAAAAAAAAAGGGUGAUGAACGAGCUCUUCGGCACACCUAUGAAUCAGCCCACGGCAGACAUCACUGUGGGCACGCUUCUGGUGAACUUGUGCGGGCAUCAUUUGACGCGAGGAUGACUUGGUUUGAUUUGCAAAAAACGAGUAUAAAAAUAGGAAAUCAUCUGGACCUAUCUUGGAUCGAUGCUAUUCUCCCUUGGAAAAUUUUUGCUAAAGAGCACUGGACCUUGAUGUUUGACAAUUGGGAUCAGAGACGGAGGAGUUUCCGAGGAAGGGAAAAUGAUUUGGUCUUUUAGCUGAUCACUCGGGCAGGGAGAGCUUAUGUUAAAAUUGAAGCGCAGGUUUGCCAGUGAAUCCAAGAGUAGCUGUGGUCUUAAUAGCACAGCAAUGCAAUUUUGAUGAUGUAAUUAUAUUACAACCCACUAUACAAAAUGAAAUAUGAUAGAGGAAAUAGUAAGGCAGAAAAAUUUUCUGAUCAGCUUUAACCAUUCACAGUCUGUACAUUUUUGCUAAUGUCUAAUCUUUGACAACCCAACAUGCUUGCAAAAACAUUCGUGCGGCUGUUUUGUUUCUUUGCUUGCACAUUCAUAGCGAGCGGUAAGAGUAGAUGUUUAAUUGGGAAUUGAUGGCAAGCCUAUAAUCUUGGAAAUGAAUAUGACUAGCUCUUUAAUG